AUGGAGUCAAUCUGCUGGCAUUUGUGAACCAAACACUGGAAAUCAGAGUCAGAGCUACUGCAAAGUACUCCAAAAUAUAUGGCCUCAUUGUUAGUGGACCUGCAGGCACCUCAAAGCACAGAACCUCCACCGAAGAAUUUACCAUAAAAUGGACUCCGACUGAAAAUGAAGCGAAUGAUCAUUUCCCCUUUUGCUUUGUCUUUGAGGCAACAGAUCGACACAACAGAAUCUUUCAGACAGAGCUGCGCUGUGUGACGGCUGAUGUUGGACACUACGACACCACUGUCCACUGCAGUACAACAACAAUGAAGGUGGAAGUGGAAAAGUCCUACCUUAUCAGACGAAAUGAGAAGAACUUGCAUCUGAAGGACUUCACUGAUUCUGCCUGCAGCCUGAAAAGAUACUCCAACAGAACCCACUUGGUCGCUAUCAUGUCCCUUAACACCUGCGGAACCACACUGGAGGAGGAUGGGGACAACCUCGUCUUCAGGAAUGAGAUCACAUCCGCUGACCCGAAUGAAGUAAUUUCCAGGCAGCAUGACGUUGAGGUCGUCUUUUCCUGCGUCUAUCCAAAGCACAUCAACCUGACUCUGGGGUUCAAGCACAAGAACCCGUACGCCUUCACAGAGAAGGGCUUUGGUGCUUUCACCUUCCAGUUUGAAUUCUUUGAGAGCCAGCGCUUCAGAACACAAGUCGAUGCCAGCACUUACCCGGUGGAGGUGAACCUCAAACAGAUGAUGUUCAUGCAGAUCGAGGCGACAACCUCCAUCCCAAACACAGUGCUGUUUGUAGAGUCCUGCAGGGCCACGCCGUAUGACAACCCAAACUCUCGCAUCAGCUACACCAUCAUCGAACACGGGUGUGUAAUGGACAGCACACUGCAGCUUUUCCCCAGCUCAAGGACUCAGUUUAGAUUUGGGAUGGAGGCUUUUGAAUUCAUUGGUGCUUAUGCUGAGGUGUACAUCACUUGCUCAGUCAUCCUAUGUGAGACUGGCUUUCCCGGGACCAGGUGCUCUCAGGGAUGUGUCCCGUCCGGCUCAGGGAAUCAUCGCAACAAAAGAGAAGCUGUGGCCCAGUCUUCCAGCCACUCCAUUUCCCAGGGUCCUUUGCACCUGGCUAAAAUCUCUGACAGUCAAGCGCCUGUCCCGAGCCUGAAUCUGGGCAUGAACUUAAUGCUGAUUGCUUCCUGCCUCCUGGCCUGCGGAGGGGUGGUCUACCACUCCAGGAAGUCCAAAACUAAAUACCAACUGCUGCCGAGUGCUGAGACAAACUGAGGCCAGAAAGUCCUGUCUAUAAUCCAAUCAAAUUAUUCAGGACGAAUCCACAGAUUCACAACUAUAAUUUCAUUUUUGCUGUGUGUCUUUUUGUAGUUUACACUUUCUCAUUUCUGACCUUCCAAAUGUAUGUUGCCUUCAUGCUGUUUGGCAUUGCAGUCAUGAAGUAGUAGGGUUUGAGUUAAAGAAGUUUGCGUUUUUUGUUGUUUUUUUGUUCUCAGAUGUGAUUUAACGUUUAUUCAGGGUUUGAAGGGACAAUAAUCAGCAUCAUUAAUCACCUUAUAGAUUAAAUUGAAAAAAGUCACAAUGCAUGCAUCCAAUUAAAUAUCAAUGAAUGAAAAUAAAAGUUGAUCGCAAA